AUAUAUCAUCAUACAGUCAUCAGGCGUGAGUGAAGCAGUGAAGAGAGUGGCUCUUGAAAGUUUAUAUAAGUGUUGUUAUAUUUUUUACACUUUUAUUUUUACCUUUUUUUACAGUCAUUCAUCAAUCAAAGUAAAACAAUUUUGCGACAUGAGCACGUCUACGUACAUCUGUCUUCUAUUUUGCAUCUUUAACGUUGCAACAGCGAGAAAUACAGAUGUUGAUCCAACAAAAAUGCUCCUGUCUUUUUAUACAUGUAAUGCUACAAGUCUGACACCAAUCGAUUGUCUCAUACAAGAUUUACAUUGUAUAGAACAGGCAUAUAACCUGACAAGUCAAGGUAAACGUGAAACUACUGUUUUCAUUCAUGGAUAUCACCGAAAUAAAGAGCCUAUGCUGAACCUUAUAUCAGCAUUUUGCUUGCGAAAUAGUUCUACCAUUGCCUUGCUCGAUUGGACUCGAGUACAACCUGAACAAAUUAGUCUUGAUGUUACUCUUUGGACACCUGCAAUUGGAAAAAUUGCCGCGACUACUUUCCAUCAGUUAAAGAGUAGGGGACACAAUGUAGAAACAUGGCACCUCAUCGGACAUUCCAUGGGUGCUCACAUUGCGGGUUGUAUCUCACAAUAUACUAAUUUGUCUUGGUUACAUAUUACAGGUUUAGAUCCCGCGGGUGUCAUCUUUUAUACUGACAUGUACAAUGGUUGUCAAAUCAAUCCCGGUUCUGCAAAUUUGACCGAUAUUUUUUAUACGGAUGGCAAUGGGUACGGCACAAUCAAGGAAGUAGGUACUCUAAAUAUUUAUGCCAACGCUGGAGUGUCACCGCAGCCUGGCUGUUGCACGUCAAACAAUAUACAAUGGUGUGGCCACUUUAAGGCAAUCGAAUGGUAUGCCGAUGCCGUGAGGAAUGAAACAAGAUACUCGAUUACCAAAUGCCCGAAUUGUUUCAUGAAUUGGCGUUUCACCAAUUAUUGCGAAAAAAAUGAUCACAUUUAUCUAGGACCGCAUAUAAAUAAGAAAGCAAAUGGUACUUACUGUCUAAUAGUCGAUUAGAGAACUUUUUUCUUCGAAGUGAAAACAAUAUGAUUUGAUAAUUAACAGAUAACUUAUUGACCAGCUCAUAUAUAUAUACAUACAUUAAUUAUUUAAUAUAUAUACAUUAUAUAUAUAUAUAUAUAU